GGGUAAAGCAACAUGUCUAAUAACAUGGCCAAGAUCGCAGAGGCUCGCAAGACGGUGGAGCAGCUGAAAUUGGAAGUCAACAUCGAUCGUAUGAAGGUGUCCAAGGCGGCAGCCGAUCUCCUGGCGUACUGCGAAGCACAUGCCAAGGAGGAUCCUCUGGUCACUCCGGUGACCUCUUCCGAGAACCCUUUCCGGGAGAAACGGCUGUUCUGUAUCGUGCUGUGAGCCAAGGCGGUGGACGGAGGACCCAGCCAGGACUGCCUCUUUCGUGCUGAACAUGCAGCGCUGUAUAACAAGGGGAACAGCCUGGCUUUAACUGACACAAUGCAAGCCACCAGUCCUCAUCG